AUGUCCUAUGAAAAUAACACCCUAGAGGAUAUGCAACGCUAUCCUACAUUUAUUUUCCAGCCCACCUACAAGAAAUUCAGCCUCGAGGAACAUAGAUUCGCUGACUACAUGUUGCUAAACCGCAACUCUGACCGCCCCAACAAAGCAGUCACCGAGCUUCCAAAAAGAAACACUUUGAAAUUAUUGUCUGGGAAAGGAGUUGAGAUCUGUGUUGGUAAAACACCCUCUGAAGACGAAACGUGGUCUCUUCCCGUGAACCUGGUUUCGCACCACUCGGCUUACUUCAAAGCCGCCUGCCUAUGGAAUGUCAAGGAGCAAAUUAACCUCUUGGGCCAUGACCCCGCGGUUUUCGCCCUUUUCAUUGAGCGGAUGUACAACGGGAGCUACGAUGCCUCCGCGUUUCCCAGAAAUCCCAGCAUGCACGCAAAAUGCUGGGUUCUCGGCGACUUUAUCCUCUGUAGAGAAUUCAAAAACUACGCCAUGGGCCGUCUCUUUGACGAGCACGUAGCCACAGCAUUCGGUAUCCCUGUCGCCUUUGAGGAUGUGCAGUAUGUGUGCAACAGCGCAUCAUCGGACUCAAAGUUGAAACUCUUCUACACGGAUUCUGUCACAGAUCAAUUUGGUGAUAUCUACAGGUUGCGAGGCUUUAUGGCAGACUGGGAGAAAUUUCUCGAGGACCACCCAAAGACUCGCUCUGCAUUACCUCGAAAGCUCCGAUAUGGCCCACCCAAGAAACCUCGUGUCAAGAGCGUAACAAAAUACCUCGAACCAGAAGAGUUUGUAUCAGAGUCGGCGUUGAGGGUCUUGACGUAUCAUACGCUGGACAAGAGAAGCUAA